AUGGGAGGACGAGGCGAUUACUACAAACAAAAAUAUGGAGGAGGAGGUCGUGGCCGAGGAAGAGGUGGCCGAGGACGUGGUGGUGGUGGUGGUGGAAGAGGUCGUGGAAAUGGCUACGAUGGAGGAAACAGCAAUAACAACAACAACAAUGGAGGAUCCAUGGCCGAUCUUCGUCGCUUGCUGCAACAAAUGGACGGCCGUCAGUAUCCCUCCUAUCAUGACUUGGAGACCACCAAGGGCUGGGUGAACACGGAAGCCGGCAUUACACUCUACGUGGGCCGUGCUCAGUCGGAUCCUUUUGCUCCACCCACGCGAUGCCGUGUGGUUCUCCAAAACAGCGUGGCUCAAAUUCCACCCACACUCUAUUCCAAUCCCAUUCGAGCCAUGGCCACCAGAGGAUUCCAUGGCAAAUCGACACUACUGCAAGCACUGCAGUUGGGAGUCUAUCUCAAGCUACCAGGGGAUGGGCGAGAAUUCUGUGUGACGAGUCCGCACGCCAUGAAAAUUCGAGCAGAGGAUGGCAGAGCGGUUUCUUCCGUGGACAUUUCGCCCUUUAUCAACAAUCUGCCCUUUGGAAAAGACACAACAAACUUCACCACUCCGGAUGCCAGUGGCAGUACCAGUCAGGCGAGCAAUAUUGUCGAGUCUAUUGAAGCUGGGGCAACUGCUUUGCUGAUUGACGAGGACACCGCGGCGGCAAAUUUCAUGUGCCGUGAUGACAAGAUGGUACAACUGGUUGCAGCUGAAAAGGAACCCAUCACUCCAUUUGUUAGGCUGGUGCGGUCACUCUAUCAAGAGAUUGGAAUUUCAUCGGUUCUCGUGAUUGGAGGGUCUGGGGACUUCUUUGCUGUGGCGGACAAUGUUGUGAUGAUGGAUUGCUACAAAACGCAUGAUGCGACUGAUCGAGCAAAACAGAUUGCAGCCCAGGCAUCAGGUUCUUCCAACGGGCAACACAGCUGCCAACCAGGUGUAUUUCAAAAACUUCGCUCAUCCUGCAAGCGAUAUCCCGUUGGAGAUGCCUACAAUCCUGCUGGAAAGACAAAAGUCAUGUCGAAGAUUGUUAUCCAAUACGGUGAAACGACCUGUGACCUGGCUGGUCUGGAACAGCUGGUGACAAAAGCGCAGACGAACACAAUUACCAACUCGCUUCAAAAGAUUGCGUCGAUAGCGUCGAAUGAUGGCGUGCCGUUGUCUCAAGUUCUGGAUCAGAUUGAACAGGCUGUUGCACAGCAGGGACUGGAUGUCCUGGCUCCUGGGCAGUUUCAUGGCGGGUUGGCAAGGGCUAGAAGGCUGGAGAUUGCUGGGGCAAUCAAUCGACUCAGACGAACGGGGAACAUAGUACAGCGAUAG